AAAACAGUCCCGUACCUUAUAUUUCACGUAGGUUCAACGCUAAAUUGGUCUGCUCCUUCCUGCGCGUAGUUUAGGGACGCUGAACGGCAGCACGGCCGAAACUCUGGGGAUGCAAUUGCGCAAUUGGGUUCAAACUGCAUCCUGUGUGUGUAUUGCAUUGCAUUGCAUAGUGAAUCACACCAAUCACAGUACCGACUACCGGUACAUUCACGAAGUGAGUGAAAAUUUGUUUUGUGUGCAGGGUCUACACGAAAGCUCACUUAGUCUUUAGGCUAGAGAUCUAGUAAACCUCAUCAUGUAUCAUCUUGGAUGAGAGAUCUUAUUAUUGACACUGUCAGGAUAAGUAAGAACUAAGACGACAAUGCAUCCUGAACUGUCUGCAGUGCUGUAAGAACAUCAGGGGAACAUCAUGAGCCAACCAUCAGGAGGAGCUAGGAGGGGUGGCAAACCCAACAGAGGAGGAGGCCGGGGAAAUCGGGGAGGAGGAGGAGGAAGAGGAGGAGGGAGAGGGGGAGGGGGAAGAGGAGGAAGAGGGAGAGGGGGUGGUGGUGGAAGAGGAGGAGGAAGAGGGGGUGGAGGCCAGCAGCAGGGGGCCAAUGCAAGGCCCCAUGGACCCGCGGCAGACACAGGAGCAAGGAAGGGCAAGAGUUCAUCUAUGAUGUACGACUAUGAUGAUGAUGACUUUGUACUCAUGCCUAAACAGAACAAGCCAAAGACAUCAAGCUACCAGGCCCCUAAAUCAUACCAACCCAAGGCCCCUCCAUCCUACCAGCCCAAGGCCUCUUCAGAAUCCUACCAGCCCAAGGCUCCUCCUGGACCUGGUCGCCGCAAGACCAAUUACCCAUCAGCCAAGGUCAAGAUGCAGUCCCUUCACAUGAGUGAUGAGAACCAGGAACUGGUCAAGGAUGUUCUGAGGGAACUCAAUGGAGUAGACCUGGACCUAGACAUGGGAUUGGAAGACUAUGAAGAGCUUGAUUACGACACUUCUCGUCACUUCUGGACGGAUGACAACUCCUUGAAGGUAGAGGCUGCUGGUUCAAGCUUUGCCCCUAUGGGUGUCUGGCGUGAGGAAGGAGGGGACGAUAGAGAAGACAAAGAGGACAAACAGAAGAUCAGUAAAUAUGCUGUUGAGAAACUUAUCAGAUGUGGAUACCCAAAGAAAGAGAGUCUCCAAGCACUUGAGGAUAAUGAUGGUGAUGCAGGGCUAGCUCUUGAACAACUCUACAAGGAUUUGUGUAACAAUUAUGCAAUAUCUACUGACCAAGAAGCUGUUGAUGACAGUAUCACCAGCGAGUCACUCAUGGAGCAGAGGCAAGAAGAAGCUUUUGCUCUGAGCUCAAUAUACGAAUCAGACUUUUCUGAACGGAUCCCUAACCAAGUCUGGACGUUGAGACUAAAGCUCUCUCACAUCAACAAAUCCCUCAAGGAAGCCCAGAAGAAUGAGAAGAAGAAGUCGGCUCUGAAAGCCAGAGACACUCGCCGGAGAAAACAGAACGUCUGCCACUUCUACCAAGAGGGCAACUGCAGGUUUGGAUCGAAAUGCAAGUUCUUUCACGAGGCUACAUGGGAUAACGAGGGGGAUAACGAGUUUGAAGAUAUGAUGGAAGAUGACAACACCAAGUGGUAUCAAUUGGAGGUGCGGUUCCCAAGCAAAAACAUGUAUCCAUGGCAACCUCCCGUGAUUGCCUUUUCAUCCACCCAUCCUGACUUUCAGGCGGCGAAGUGCCUGAACGUGACAAAGCGGCUGGCGGAAGAGUCGACGGAGCACUCGCCAAGCGGGAGCCCGUCUGUGUUUAGCUUCGUCAGUAUCCUGGAAGACGAGGAGGAGAUGAAGACAUUGCUCGAUGGCAAGCCUCUGUCGUUUCAGACCAGGAGAUUGCCAGCAAGGACUAAACCUGUUGAUGAGAUGUCUGAUGAAGAAGGAACUCCAGAUGAACAGUCCGACUCUGCUGCAGGAGCUACAGCAGAGGAAGUGAAAGAGGCAGAGGUGCCGGCGGGAAGGGAAGGAGCAAAAAACCUUGGCAAGACUUUGUAUGUCCCACAAAAGAGGACCAAGCGAGAUGAAGAAAGGGAUAAUAGGAGGCUGAAGGAGCAAUUCAAGAAGGCCCAGAUGAGCAAUUCAUACAAGUCUAUGCUGGAAAGGAGAGAGGCUCUACCUGCAUGGAAAGAACAGGACAAUAUUCUGGAUACCCUGAGCAAGAAUCAGGUCCUCGUUGUGAGUGGGUCUACCGGAUGUGGUAAGACGACCCAAGUGCCGCAGUUCAUCCUUGAUGAAUCCAUGUAUGGUAAAGGUCUGAAUGUAAGUAACAUCAUCUGUACCCAGCCCAGGAGGAUCUCAGCCACUGCAGUGGCCGACAGGGUGGCUAAGGAGAGAACUACCAGAGUAGGAGAUAUCGUGGGUUACCAGAUCAGGCUAGAAAAUAAACAGUCUGCCUCGACUCGACUGAUGUUCUGUACUACGGGGAUCUUACUCAGGAGACUGGAGAGUGAUCCUGUCUUGAGCGGAGUCUCUCAUGUCAUAGUGGAUGAAGUCCAUGAGAGAAGUGAAGAGAGUGAUUUCUUGAUGAUGGUUCUGCGAGACAUGUUGCCACAGCGACCUGACCUACGGGUCAUUCUUAUGAGUGCUACCCUGAAUGCUGAUCUCUUCUCCAGCUAUUUCUUUAAUUGUCCAGUCAUCAACAUCCCUGGUAAAACCUUUCCUGUUGAUCAGUACUUUUUGGAAGAUGCGAUAGAAUACACUGGAUACAUCCUAGACGAGAACUCACCCCUGGCCCGGCCGGUCAAGCGAAGCAACGCCAAGCCCUCUGAAGCGUCUGCCAGGGCCAUGGGCAAGGUCAGAUAUGAUAACCUUGACGAGGAAAUCUCUGAAGCCUUUGCUUCAACGACCUUCAACCCCGCCAAGGAUAAUGUGAGAGAUGCCAAUUUGACGCUGCAGCAGAUGGCCCUCAGAUAUCAAGAUUAUGAGAUGUCUACCAUCAAAACAUUAGCUACAAUUGACGCUGAGAAGAUCAACAAUGACCUGAUAGAAGAUCUCGUCAAAUGGAUGGUGGAAGGUGAUCAUCAGUACCCCAAGGAUGGUGCCAUCCUCAUCUUUCUACCUGGACUUGGUGAGAUCACCGACCUCUACGAGCAGCUUCAAAGCUCUCUCUGUGGACCAAGAAAACCUAAGAAGUACAAGUUGAUACCUCUCCACUCAUCCCUCUCAAGUGAAGAUCAGAAUGCUGCCUUCGAUAAACCUCAGGAAGGCAUCACUAAGAUCGUCAUAGCAACCAACAUAGCAGAGACGUCCAUCACCAUCGAUGACAUUGUGUUUGUUAUUGAUGCUGGCAGGAUGAAAGAAAAGAGAUAUGACUCUGGUAAGAGGAUGGAGUCUUUAGAAACAGUCUGGGUGUCCAAGGCCAACGCCAUGCAGCGUAGAGGUCGAGCAGGUCGUGUGACGGCUGGAGUCUGCUUCCAUCUCUUCACCAACCACACCUUUGAGUUUGCACUACGGGAUCAACAGUUACCAGAGAUUCAGCGUAUACCCCUGGAGCAGCUGCUACUGAGAAUCAAAAUCCUGGACGUCUUCCAGGGAUACCAUGUCAAGGAAGUCUUAAACAAGUUGCUGGAGCCUCCCAAGAAUGAGAACAUUGAUGAUGCCAUUCAGAGACUACAAGACUUAGGAGCUGUCACUUUAGAUCAGGAUCUAACACCUCUGGGCUACCAUCUUGCCUCUCUACCUGUGGAUGUGAGGAUUGGUAAGCUGAUGCUCUUUGGAGCCAUCUUCCAGUGCCUGGAUCCAGUCCUGACCAUUGCAGCCAGCCUCAGCUUCAGAUCACCAUUUAUGGCGCCCUUCGACAAGCGAGACCAGGCCGACAAAAAGCGACAGGAGUUUGCCGUUGGUAACAGUGAUCACCUGACCCUAUUGAGAGCAUACACGGGUUGGACCACAGCUAUUGAACGAAGCAACUACUUCAGCUACAGAUUCUGUCAUGAGAACUUUCUUUCAGUCAAAACACUCCAGAUGAUAGCUAGUAUGAAGCAUCAGUUUGCAGAGCUACUCAGCAGCAUCGGCUUUGUCAGCCUGAACCUUACCGGUCGUCAGAUGGACAGGAGGUCCAACGGUUACGGAGACAUGAUCAUCAAAUCCUGUGACAAUCAGAUCAAUGUAAAUGCCAGCAACGACAAACUGGUGGUAGCGGUGCUCUGCGCUGCCCUCUAUCCUAACGUAGUCCAGGUCUUGACCCCAGAGGCCAAGUACACCCAGUCUAGUGCAGGAGCAGUCCCCAUGAACCCCAAGGCCCAGGAAAUCAAAUUCAAGACCAAAGAUGAUGGAUAUGUGAGUGUCCAUCCAAAGUCAGUCAACUUUGGAGUGAGGCACUUUGAGAGCCCAUACCUUGUCUUCUUGGAGAAAGUCAAAACAUCAAAGGUGUACAUCCGUGAUUGUAGCAUGGUGUCCGUCUACCCUUUGCUCCUCUUUGGAGGAUGUGAACUCAAGAUUGACCUCAAGGCUGGAGAGUUCAUCAUCUCCCUUGACAACGGAUGGAUUCAGUUCCGGGUCAAGUCUAUUGAGGUUGGUGAGCUGAUGAGGACGCUGAGAAAAGAGCUGGAUCAACUCCUGGCUGAUAAGAUCAAUCAACCUGACAUGGAUCUAGGGACCUGCCCCAGAGGGAGCCGCAUCAUAGCGGCCAUCGUACAACUCAUCAGUACACAGUGAGGGUAUGGUGGCUACUCUCUGGACACAGACUCUGAUAGGAGGGAGUCCUAUCAUAGCAGCUAUCAUACAACUCAUCAGUACACAGUGAUUGGGUCGGGAUGUUUGGAUGAUAGCCUGCAAUCACAAACUAGACAUAUCUUAGGAGCCAGGGUACAGCUCAUUAAUACCCAGUAUUAAGGGUAUGGCGGCCAGUGUUCAGAUACAGUCUUGUAUUUGAGGGAGCCGUAUCAUAAUAGCCAUCGUACAGCUCAUCAGUACACAGUGAUUGGGUUGGGAAGUUUGGAGAAUAGUCUGCAAUUACAAACUAGUCAUGGCCUAGGAGCCACGGUACAGCUCAUUAAUACCCAGUAAAGGGUAUGGCGGCCAGUGUGUAGAUGCAGUCUCUAAUUUAUGGGAGUCAUAUCAUAGCAGCUCAUCAGUACACAGUGAGGGUAUACAGUGGUACCCCAUUCACAUUAAUGACACUGACAGCAGACAGACAACAAACCAACCCCCCCCCC